AGUGAUCCACCUGCCUCGGCCUCCCAAAGUGUUGAGAUUAUAGGCAUGAGCCACUGCACCUGGCUGAAACUGACUUUUAAGUAGUUUCCAAGUGGCAGGCAGGUCUUCAGACUCCAAAUGUUUUAUGUUCCCUGUCUUGAGAUGGGAUGUCUGUGAGUGUAACCCCCCAAGGUGUCCUGGGAUUCUUUAGGCUGGGGUAGUCUCCUGGAUUUCCAGUAGGGACCCUGGGACUUGCAGGGGGAGGAGGUGUUGUUAUAGAGCAGCUGCGUUUUCUGCCUGGGUUCUCCUCCAGUGAGGGGUGUUUGUGAGAACAUUGGAAUCACAAAGUGGCCCAUGGCAGAGAAUGCAGCCAGAACAAAGGCGCCCUCUCCCCGCCGGGCCCGGGGAAUACUAACUAGUUGACAGGAAUUUUAAUAUAAAACUCUCCCUCUUCCUUGUCAUUCUGAGGUUUCAGGAAGCCUUCAGGCUUAUCGUGCAGAGGCACACAGCACAGACAGGGCUUGGGGAGGUGAGAGGUGAUUUCCUGCCAUUCUUCUGUAGGGCGGGCUUCCCAGGGUGCUCAUGCCAGGCUGACGGGUCCAGUGUGGGCUCCCACUGCUGGGGGAGAGCUGGGUUUUCAUGGGGCAGCAGCCGAGGCAGGACCCGCAGCCAUGAACCGUUUCAAUGGGCUCUGCAAGGUGUGCUCGGAGCGCCGCUACCGCCAGAUCACCAUUCCGAGGGGAAAGGACGGCUUUGGCUUCACCAUCUGCUGUGACUCUCCAGUCCGAGUCCAGGCUGUGGAUUCCGGGGGUCCGGCAGAACGGGCAGGGCUGCAGCAGCUGGACACAGUGCUGCAGCUGAACGAGAGGCCUGUGGAGCACUGGAAAUGUGUGGAGCUGGCCCACGAGAUCCGGAGCUGCCCUAGUGAGAUCAUCCUACUCGUGUGGCGCAUGGUCCCCCAGGUCAAGCCAGGACCAGAUGGUGGGGUCCUGCGGCGGGCCUCCUGCAAGUCAACACAUGACCUCCAGUCACCCCCCAACAAAAGGGAGAAGAACUGUACCCAUGGGGCCCAGGCACGGCCAGAGCAGCGCCACAGCUGCCACCUGGUAUGUGACAGCUCUGAUGGGCUGCUGCUUGGCGGCUGGGAGCGCUAUACCGAGGUGGCCAAGCGUGGAGGCCAGCACACCCUGCCUGCACUGUCCCGUGCCACUGCCCCCACCGACCCCAACUACAUCAUCCUGGCCCCGCUGAAUCCUGGGAGCCAGCUGCUCCGGCCUGUGUACCAGGAGGAUACCAUUCCCGAAGAAUCAGGGAGUCCCAGUAAAGGGAAGUCCUACACGGGCCUGGGGAAGAAGUCACGGCUGAUGAAGACAGUGCAGACCAUGAAGGGCCAUGGGAACUACCAAAACUGCCCAGUCGUGAGGCCGCAUGCCACGCACUCCAGCUACGGCACCUAUGUCACCCUGGCCCCUAAAGUCCUGGUGUUCCCCGUCUUUGUUCAGCCUCUAGAUCUCUGUAACCCUGCCCGGACCCUCCUGCUGUCAGAGGAGCUGCUGCUGUAUGAAGGGAGGAACAAGGCUGCCCAGGUGACAUUGUUUGCCUAUUCGGACCUGCUGCUCUUCACCAAGGAGGACGAGCCUGGCCGCUGCGACGUCCUGAGGAACCCCCUCUACCUCCAGAGUGUGAAGCUGCAGGAAGGUUCUUCAGAAGACCUGAAAUUCUGCGUGCUCUAUCUAGCAGAGAAGGCAGAGUGCUUAUUCACUUUGGAAGCGCACUCGCAGGAGCAGAAGAAGAGAGUGUGCUGGUGCCUGUCGGAGAACAUCGCCAAGCAGCAACAGCUGGCAGCGUCGCCCCCGGACAGCAAGAAACUCCACCCUUUCGGCUCUCUCCAGCAGGAGAUGGGGCCGGUCAACUCAACCAAUGCCACCCAGGAUAGAAGCUUUACCUCAUCAGGACAGACUCUGAUUGGCUGAGCAAACCCAAGGGCGGGACUCUGCUUCUGGCAACUUAACCCUUUCUUGGGCAUCCCCUACCACACAGUAACCUCACCUCAACUGGACCCAAAACAGAGGACCAAGAUGGUGGGCCUAGGGUCAUCUGAAGGGAGUGGUCCCAAGGGUGCGUCAACAGAAGGACCACAGUGGUGUGAGAGGCCUUGUGGGCAUGCAGAGACUGGCAGCAGAAAGCCCCAAGAGGAGAGGACUCAGAGGCUUCUUCCUUCCAAGGAGGAGGAGGAGGAGGACAUUCCACAUCUGGGCUUCCAGUGAUGGCUCCUGGACCUGCCUUGGGGGCAGCAGGAGAGGUUGGGAGAGGUCACCCUGAUGAAGAACAAUGCCAUGAUCUGCUGCUGCCAGAGGACAUCUCUGCCCAUUCACUCAUUUUUCACCUGUACACAUUGGCUCAUUCAUUCGAUGGAUAUGUCGGGUGCAUCUACUUUAUGCCAGGCUCUGUGCUAGGAGCUGGGUAUACUGUGGAGAAAAAGUCAGAUACGGUCUCGCUGUCAUCAAGAUUUCAGUCCAGCUGGGACUGAGCACUAAAUAAGUCAGCACCAACACACACAUGCACACACGUGAUGGCAAGCUGUGAUCAUCUAUGAAGGAAAAUACAGAUUUCUUCAAGAGGGAAUUGUACUUACAUUGCUGUGUGUGGGGGUGGAGAUGGGGAAGGACACAACUUUUAAACCUAGACUUGUGGGCUGGAGAGGAAGGAGCCAGUCCUGGACUUGGGGAAGAGUGUUCCUGGUAGAUGGAAUAGUACGUGGAGAGUCCCUGAGAUGGGAAGGAGCUCAGCGGGCUGGAGGAAUGGCGAGCAGGCCAGUGUGGCUGGAGCUUAGUGAGGAGCAAGACACAGUGGGCGAGGGCCUGACUGUGCAGGGUUUGGUGGUUGAUGUCUUGUUGAUUUCAUUCUAGAUACACUGGGGAGCCAUUGAAGGCUUUUGAGGAAGGGAGUUGCAGGUACAUUUCUACAAGAUCAGUUUACACAUAGGAGGGACCCAAGUUGGUGUGAGAUCAGUUAGAGGGCUCGUUCAGUUAACCAGGUGAGGUCUGUCCUGGUGGCUUGUGCUGGAUGGUGGCUGGGGAGGUGGGUGCCUGAAUGCCAGGCUCUGGAGGAGAAGAGAUGACUCCCUGCCUCAUCCCCCUGCCUACCCUCCUCCUCAAUGGCCCCUCUCUCAGUGGAUGUGAGUGAGGAUUAGGACCUUCCUCACAGAGCCACCUUUUGGCCAGGCCUGGGUAGGGGGCCAGUGCUGAGUUCUAGGAAUGUUCCUGGAAGUUGGGAGCAGUGAGUGCUCGGCCUGGGCUAGGUGGGAGAGUUCACGGCUGCCCAGGCCUUAGCAGGGGCCGCUGUGCUGUCUUUCCGUCCUAUGCUGAGCAUUGUGAUAGAAGCUGCCACACGGUGCCCUGGAAACUGACUUGGCUUGCUUUCUGUGGGGCUCCCAAGGGCCAGGGACUGGGCUGGAGGUGGCCUAGCAGCUCUAGUGGAGACUGUCCUGCCACAGGGCUGAAGGAAGACCAACCAAGGGGACAGCAGUAUGAACCCACCCCACUGGCUGCCUGCUGCACGGCUCAUGGGCAAAAGUGUAUCAAGAGGAUUAGAGUCACUUGCAUAGGAAAAGAGGAUCAGAGAGGCUGAGGGCUGGCUCAGGCCAGAGAGGCUGCCUGACCGUGGACAUUCUUCAUGUUGUGUAAGACCUCAGCAUCUUUAGAGAAAGGUUCUUGUGCCCCUGUGAGCUUGCUCAGCUGCUAUGGCCACUUGAACCCCAAAAAUAGUGGCCUAGAAGAGAAUACACCCCUUACCUCCCACUUAUCCUCCUCUCAACCUAGGAAAGAUCAGACAUAUUGACUCAGCAGUCUAAUGGGGGAUGGGCUGGAUCUGCCCGUGACCAGACCAAUGCCACCCACCCAGCAGGGGAGUAGACGCUGCCUGGACUGGGACCAGUGAUACACAGUAUCUCUGUCUUCCAGGGCUCAGCCUGCCGGGGGGGAAUUGUGAGAGGCUGAGCAGCUGGGUCUGCACAGACAGCAAGCUGCACUUUGAUUUCAUUUGAUUCCCUUACAAAAUGACAUAAGGGGAAUGUGAGGCACAGGAGACUCGCCUGUCUGGGAAGGCAGCAAGCUCGUCUCUCCUGGACCUGGUGACCUACUUGUGUCUACCAGACAGGUGCAGAGGACAGAAGCUCUGGCCACAAAGAAAUGGACAAUCUGAAUGCAGCACACAGCCCUGGGGACAGGACUUUUCACCCAGCCUGUCCUGACAAGCUGCUGAGUCGAGCAGAGGCUCACAUCAGGGUCCCAGGCCCAGCUGUUAGGGAAGCAGACAUCAGUUCCUGGUGGGCCUUGGGCAGUGACUGUGGUGAGCCAUAGCACCGUUGCUGCUCUGCCUCUCAAAUCGAUGGAACAAUUAAUUUGGCUCCACAGGCUCAAGAAGAUGAAACAUGACCUGAUGGCCACUGCUGUCCAGCAUCCCAGUCCAUCCUAGCUGUCCAGGAUGAUGAACAAGCUAUCGAAAUUGCACUUGAGAGCUAUAGUCACGGGAAGCAUUGCCGAGCCCCUCCCUACUACAUAAAUCAUGCUAAGAAGCACACAAUGGCCUCUUUCCUGAUGGGCCAAUUGUCUUGGUUUGGUGUCUUAGGCCCAGGAGCUGGGAGGAUGGGAGCACAACCAUUUAUUGUUGGAAAGACCAUCUGUGCAACUUGAAUACAAAGUUAUUCUUUAGUUCACCACUCA